UUAUUCUCAUCUCACUUUUGUUUUCGUUUUUAGGAAAGGAAGAAAGAUGGCAGCACCAGAGAGGCUUCUGCUGCUCCUUUCUUCCCUCUGGUUACUUCUAAGUUGUUGUAAAAGUCAAUGUGAGAUUGAGACUGGUGAGAGUGUAAUUAUUAUGGAUAUUUUAGAAAGUAGAGGAAAUCAAUUAAAUCAAACCACAGUGCCAAAUGAACUUCCAAUUAGAGGAUUUCCCCCACAAAUAGAAUUAGCCAUACAGACUACAACAGCUGAUUAUUUUGCAAUAAGCGGUAAACAGCUACGUCUAAAGAAACCCCUCGAUAGAGAUGCUGAAAAGCUAACAAUGAUAAGAUUACAAGUAUCCUGCACUGAUGUUGUUUCUUCUGUACAAAAAAAUAUUCCAGUUGUGAUAAGGAUUGGAGAUAUAAACGACAAUCCACCUCUUUUCAAGUCAACUACAUACGAAACUACUGUAUCAGAGCUUACACCUAUAGGAACAACUAUUUACAGAGAUCUGUCAGCAACAGACGCUGAUUCCGAUAGUAAUGGACUAAUUGAAUACUCUACUGCACCUGGUGACUCGACAGAAAAAGAUGGAUAUUCGUACUUUUCCAUUAACCUUCCUCAUCAAGGACUUGUUACAGUAAAGAAACUGUUGGAUUACGAGAGAUCAAAUAUUUAUUAUUUAACAGUUUUGGCAUACGAUAAAGCAGCUGAUGUUAGUCAAAGAUUGACCUCUACAGCAACUCUAACUAUACGUGUAGCCGAUGGGGAUGAUCAAGAUCCCGCUUUCGUUUAUGAUGCAUGUACUCUGGUAAAUGGUGCAUGCGUCAAUCCUGAAUACAAGGCGCUGGUAGCUAGUGGUGUAAUGUCUGGAUUGUUGCGAGUUUUGCCUGAGCCAAUAUUAGCCAAAGAUAGAGAUUCAUUAAAUUCAGCGAUACGAUAUUCAUUUGUAAAUGGUACUCCAUCGUUUUACGAUGAAUACUUUGAAAUUGAUGUUAAUACAGGAAGGAUCCGUCAACUGAAAGCUGUCGACAGGAAAAUAACGAAGAGUUUUGAAAUAAUUGUUAAAGCAGAAGAAAUGACGGAUAGCCGACGAUUUUCAACAGCUAAACUUUUAAUUGAAGUUCAAGCUGUUAAUAUGCAUCCUCCUAUUUUGACGCCAACUUCAAUGGAAGGUUAUGUAAAUGAAAAUUCUCCUGUUGGCACAACUGUCACAUCAGAUAGGGAAGGAAACAUUCCACUUGCUUUGAAAGUUACAGACGCAGAUCUAAGUGCUGAAGAUGGACUUAUGGCGUACGCAUUUGAAGUGACCACUCCUCUAUUUCGUGUGAACUCUGAUGGCUAUUUAGUAGUCAAUGAAGCUAAUUUGGACCGUGAUCCACCAAAUCCAAGCAAAUAUACUUUUCAGGUGAUUGCUCGACAGACGGACAGUGCACCUGAGAAUGGUGCUAGUGCUCCGGUUGCUCUGAGUGUUCAUUUAAAUGAUAUCAAUGAUAAUUCUCCAGUUAUUGCGCCUUUGAGUCCUGUUUCGAUUCCUGCUGGUGAUGGAACACGAAAUAUAGCAAAGGUAGCUGCAGCAGAUGCAGAUGAUGCUGAUGGUCUGGAGCAAGUUGUCUAUUCUAUAUACCACGUCUCUAACGAAGGUCUGUCAAAGUUUCGCAUCGAUCGUACUUCAGGCGUUGUGCAAGCGGUAGAAAAAGUUAUGGCUGGACAGCAAUUCAGUAUUACAGUUCAAGCCACAGAUCCCGGUGGAAGAUUCAGUCAAGCAAUAUUGGAUGUAAUAGUGACAUCAGGACCAAACUCUGGAGGACCAGUAUUUGCUCGAGAUAGAUAUGAUGCGCAAGUUAGUGAAGGAGCAGCACUAAAAUCUACAGUCAUUUCUCUGUCUGCAAUGGAUCCAGAAAAAGAUGACAUUACAUACUCAAUAGUAGAAGGAAAUGUAAAUGAUGAUUUUGCAAUUGAUCCAAAAAGUGGCACAAUAUUUGUAGCGCGACGCCUAGACAGAGAGGAAGUGUCGGCAUAUACUUUAAUUGUCAGAGCUGCAGAUCCCAGUAAUCUCUUUUCAACGACUAGUGUUGAUAUUCGAGUUACAGAUAUAAAUGACCAGAAUCCAGAGUUUUUGCUUCAAGAAUAUACUUUUAGAGUUGAAGAAGGUUUAUCAGAUGCUUAUGUAGGAACAGUCCAGGCCAGAGAUCAAGAUAUUUCCAUCAAUGGGCAAAUAACGUAUUCAUUAUCUGGUUCAAAUGACUUCAAGCUGGAUGCUUUAACUGGUGAAUUGCGCACUAUUCAUGCCCUGGAUUUUGAAACUCAGCACGUGUAUCAUCUUCUUGUGAUGGCUAAAGAUAGCGCUCCUGACUCAAGAUUCGGAACAGCAUCUGUUACAGUUCUUGUAAGUGAUGUGCAAGAUGAAAAACCCAUCUUUGAAAAAACUAGUUAUGAAGCCAGUGUUCCAGAAAAUAAGGCCAAUUACGAUGUCAUUCAUUUAAAGGCCCGAGAUCCAGAUUCAGUCACUAGUGUUACUUACAUCAUCAAAGAAGGGGCGGAUGGAAUUUUUGCUAUUGAUUCCAGCACUGGAGUUAUCCGUACAUUGUCUGCCUUGGAUUAUGAGAAACGGUCCACUUACACUCUCGUUGUUGGAACUCUUGAAAACGAUGGACCCGAUCCUAGAGCUACAGCUACUGUUACUGUAUCCGUUGAGGAUGAAAAUGAUAUUGCUCCUGUAUUUACAAGUGUUCCAUUGCCCAUCCGUUUACAAGAUACAGUUCCACUUGGAACGGUGGUUACAACUAUUGUUGCAUCUGACGCUGAUGGAACAUUACCAGGAAGUGAAAUUCGAUACGAAGUUACCGGAAAAGAAAAGGCACCAACUUAUUUCCUCAUAGAUCCAGUUUCCGGUCUCAUAUCUGUUAAAGAUGAUCUUAGAAAGGAACCCGAUUCAGAAUACCGUGUAAGUACUCAUAUUUCACCAAAUAUAUUUUUACAAUUUUACUUAGAAAAUAAUGUUUCGAUUAAUCGCUUAUCAGAAGAACGUUCUAAAGUUACUAUAGUUAUAUUUUUAAAAGUUUUCAAAGUUUACAUCAGGUAGCUGCUUACGAAAGUA